AAGCAACAGUAAAUGUCAGUACGCGGCACCGCAGUAGCUAUUUAUAUCCUGACAUUGCGUUGAAACAGAAGCUGUAAUAGGUUUGUUUUGUUUAUGUUCUUCGCUCUCUUCUACAUUUUUCCUAAAAUAGUUUUUUUUUCCUCCUCCUCCUCCUAGACCGAUCGUCAAGCAGACACAUUCCUUUUAUUCCGAGAGCCAUAGAAUCAAGUACCGUUACAAGAAAGAUCCGCCUGAUCAUCACGCGCGUUAAAAUGGCUGAAAAUUAUUGCAUUUUCGGAGUCGGCCAUUUUCAUUCGCGACAACGACGACGAUUGUCCCGAUACUUCGAAAUCCACACGAUCGAUAGCCUUAUCGCGUAGCCGGAGUAGGAAAUAGGAUGAAAUCCCGCGGCCUAUCGCAAACGCAGGAAAAAAGACGACACGGUGAAUUCGCGCGCGAGUGCUCGAGGUGGGACAAUGGGAGAGGAGACGGUUAAAUGUCUGACCUGUUUUCAGCAGGAGAAUCCGAAUCGAGGAGGAGAAGCAGAAGGGAGGAGGAAGGAGGCUGCGCGACGCAGCGCGACACAGAUCAGCGCGCGGCGCGUUGCGGCGCUCGACGAGGAGGUGGUGGCGGAGAGGAUCUUGCACGGCCGCCGCAUCGGAGUCGCAGGGCGAGCGCGUAGGAAAAGAGCGUCGGGAGACGACCUCAGGCGCAGGCGUCGGUCGGCAACGCGCUAAAUUGUGACACAACGUAUAUACGACGGUGGUGCAGGUAGUGCGAGCGGUAUCCCGCGCGGCGGCGGCGGCACUGGUGGGGUGGGGUGGUAGUGUGUUACGAGAAACGUGGGCACGUCGUGUGCUUCGUUCUCUCUCUCCGUCCGUCCGUCUCGUAUGUGGUUUCGCGCGAUCGAGUCGAGUGUGGUCGUCCGGUACAACGACGAGGAGGAGUCAUUCUCGGUCGGCGGAUCGUCGUUCGUCACAGUGCCGGAUAGUGUUGUGUGUGAUAAUCGGCUUUAUCAGGCUCGAUGAACGAUGGCGACCGCGACCACGAGGCUACGCGCUACGGAGACGCGCGGCGAGGAAGCGCCAAUUAUCGAAAAGAAGGAUCCGACAACAACGUUGUCAUCGCGAAACGGUUUAACCUCAUCUCGGGACGCCGAGGACGCUGGUAGGAUGAACGGUUACACGCUGAGUAACACUCACACGCAUUUUCUUCACAACCCAACAGAGACGAAAUUGCAAAAGAAGUAUGGAAUGGCAAAACCACGAUCAAAGGAAUCCGCUGAAAAAGUUUCGUUCAUCACAGCAGCCUUGACACACCUUGGUUUUUACAUCCUUAUGUUCCUGGGAUUUAUUAAUCAGUUAUUCUUUGUUCCGAAAGUUGCGCGUGAGAAGGACAGAGAGGGAUACGCUCCGCUCUACGAAGAUUUCGAGAAGUUUUAUUUUAGAUACGUUUAUAGGAGAGUUAGAGAUUGCUGGAACAGGCCAAUAUGCUCCGUUCCCGGGGCAAUGGUUACAUUGAAGGAUCGCGUCAGUCACGAUUACGGAUGGACGUUUCAAUUUACUGGAACUGAAACGGAAUGUAUAAACUUGGGCUCUUACAAUUAUUUAGGAUUCGCUACGAAGACUGGUAAGACUGUCAUCGAGAGCAUCGGAGCGCUCAGGAAACUCGGUUGUGCCACUUACAGUACACGUCUCGAAUUAGGAACUAUGCCGAUACACGAUGAACUGGAGAAACUGACUGCCAAAUUUAUGGGAGUAGAAGAUGCCAUAGUAUUCGGAAUGGGAUUCGCAACGAAUGCUCUAACUCUGCCCUCUUUAGUUGGGAAAGGUUGUCUAGUUCUCAGUGAUGCAAAGAAUCACGCGUCGCUUAUUCUCGGACUGCGACUAUCAUCGGGUGCGGUGGUGCGAGUCUUCAAACACAACAGUGUGAAACAUUUAGAGGAAUGUUUGAAAAGGGCUGUCGUUUUUGGACAGCCGCAGACUGGCGCACCUUGGAAAAAGAUAGUUAUCAUUAUCGAGGGCAUUUAUUCCAUGGAGGGUUCGAUUCCUUACCUACCCAAGAUAGUAGAACUGAAAAAGAAAUACAAAGCUUACCUUUAUUUGGACGAGGCUCACAGUACAGGUUCUAUGGGAAAACGCGGGAGAGGAAUUUGCGAUUAUUACAACGUUAAUCCGUGUGAUGUUGAUAUACUCAUGGGAACGUACACGAAAAGUUUUGGCUCGGCGGGAGGAUAUAUAGCCGGUACUAAGGCAUUGAUAGACCAUUUGAAGAUAUAUUGUCACGCGCACACAUACGGAUCAGCAAUGGCUCCGCCAGUUGCACAACAAAUUAUCACGGCGAUGCGAAUUGUCAUGGGAGAAGAUGGCACAAAUGAAGGUGAAAAACGUAUCGAGCAGUUAGCUAGGAAUACGAGAUAUUUUAGACGCAGAUUGAAUCAAAUUGGUGUUAUAAUUUAUGGAAACGAGGAUUCGCCCGUUGUGCCUAUGCUAGUUUAUCUGUUUUCUAAAAUCGGUGCUGUUGUGCGUACCUUGACAGCGCGUAAGAUUGCAUCUGUUGGUGUCGGGUUCCCAGCAACGCCAAUAAUGGAAGGCAAAAUUAGAUUUUGUCUUUCCGCUGCACAUACGAAGGAACAGUUAGACUACGUAUUAUCGCAUAUCGAGGAUAUCGCUGACACGUUAGGAUUAAGAUAUUCAAGGAAACCUCGUACUACUACAAAAAUAGAAUAUUACUCCGAUAGUGAAACAGAAUGACCUACCUCAUAAAGUAAUAAUUCGUUAGACAAUUUAUUUAAGGAGUACUGAAGUAGCCAAGGGCUUUAAUGUCACGAGAUUCAGUUACUCCCACUUAGCUUACUUAUAUAAAAUAAUACCAUGGUAUUAUUCGGAUAUCGCAGCACAUCUGUAGGAAAUACUGUUGAUUAUGUUAUAAAACGUAGGAUAUAAAUUUAAAUGUUAAUUCGAAGGAUUCCAAUAAAAAAAUAUUAUUCAGUUUACAUAUUCUUGUAAUAUUAAAAAAUGUCACGUCGUUUGUAUAAUGUAUGUUUUUAAAAGAAAGAAUUUCAGUUAACAAAAAGCUAUGCAUGACUUUAUAAUUAAGAUAAAUUUUAUAUAAGUAAGCUAAAUAAUAUGUCACAAACAAUUAAUUCAUAUGCGAAUAUUAAUGGAAGUAAUUAUAUAAAUGGGGAGUAUAUAUGUGUAGAUACUAUACAGUUCGUACAUCAAACGGGAAAACAAUAUUAUAGUUAUUACAACAAGCUCGCGCUUUUCUAAUAAGAUCACGAAGAAAAAUACGAAUGUAUUAACACUUAUAGUGAUUCACAUAUGCCUGUGACAGUUGUGAUGAUCCGUAUGUAUUUACUGAAGAAAAGGAUUCAGUAAAGUUGAUACUAUUAAAUUAUCAACGAAAUAUAUAGAUAUAUAGCGGUAAUUAUAUUAUUUACAAAUGUUCACAGUAUUCGUGCGUAGUGCAACGAAAGUUCCGUUCUGAGAUAGCAUUAAAAUACAGAGCUGAAGAUAUCGCGGCAACUGUAAACUUGCCGAAUUUCCUACACUUUGAAUGCCUAUUCGCGUCACAUCUUGCGGUAUGCAAAAUCGCUUGAAUUAACGUUCGUACAAUCUAUUUAUUUACAUAUAGUGGAAAUAAUUGACAAACAAGCAUCCGCCAAAACGAAGUUCAAACCUAUCAUAUACCUUUAUAGGUAUGUGGGCAAUUUUUCAUAUAUAAUUAUUUCCAUAAUCAUACAUGUAUUUAUAUAUCAUUGGAAUCUAUGAAAAACGUGGUUUCUUUUCAAUCAUUGAAGACCUCUUUUCCAAAAAAAAAAAAAGAAAUAGAAUCUUUGGAUGCAUAAAAGAGAGAAUGAGCGCGUCUCAAACGUAAAAUAAUACGUGAUAUUGACUUAAACAGUGAAAUAAUAAAAAUCAUAUUAAAAUCGAUUCUCGCUUCGCUGAACAUCCAACGACAUUGCUGUUGGAAUAACACAUAUGCACACACGCAUUAAAGGUACUGCCAUCAUUAUGAUCUCGUAGGAUUUGUGAACGUCACAUAUGACCAACAGAUCGAAUGAUACAUGAGCAUAAGAGCUUACACAAGAGAUUCAGUCAUAUUUCAAUUCACGAUAUGUUAUUUUUAUAAAAAAAGAAAAAAAGUAUCAUGAUAUGAAGAUGAACAAAGGAAUUUUGUCAUAUGGCGCAUUACGACCUAUUCAGCACAACGUAUCUUAAAUUUAUUGUUCUUCAUUAUCAUAUCAAGUGCGACGAGAUAAAUAAGACAAGUUUCAGAAUUUUCAAUCAAUUCAGCAUCAUAUGCUGAACUUUCUCAUACAUGAUAUAUGAUUAAAACUGCAGUUAAAACUUUACAUUACAUACAGUAGUAUUAAGUCGGAGUAGUUCGGAGUAGUCGUUGUUUAAUGACAGAAGCGAGAAAACGACAAGACUUUUUAUGUUAUACUUACAAAUAAAGAUAUAUGUAUAGAAUGACAUUUGUAAUAAAUGUAGUACACUUGUAAUAUUGAACAAAUACUUUUACUCGAACAAACAAUAAAUAGUCGAAAAAUUAACUUGAUAUAGAAUCGCGUUUCUCACGAUUUUGCCAAUGUUAACUUUACGGCUAUUUAUUAUUGUCCGAAUAAAAGUAUUCGUCCAGUUUUACAAGUGUGCUGAAUCGAUCACAAAUGUCAUUUUGUGGAUAUAUCUUUUUAUUUGAAAGUGUAACGAAAAGAAUCUUGGUAUGCAUUUUCUCACUUCUGAUGUCAUUAAACAAGGAUGGUCACAGCGACUACUACGGAGCCUUAAUUGACAUGUGAACUAUUUUAAAUAGAAACACAUUUGAAAUCUUAUGAAUGUUGUAAGUCUCUCUACGUAAUAUCCCAAGUGCUUAUACAUACACAUCAGUAAUAUAUCCCUGUAUUUUGAAAAAGGUUUAAUAGACUCACUUGUAUUAUACUAUUAUUGUCACUUAGAUUAUCAGCCAAUUAGCUUCUGAUGGCUGAGAAUAUUGUUGUAAACUUUAAAAGGAUCCCAUUAUAUAUAUAGGUACAGCGAUAACGCAUACAUAAAAUAGAAUUUUUUAAA